GGUAGAGCAGCUCAGGAGGACAGCUUCAGCGUUUUCAGCGAACAGCCACUGCGCAUGCGUGCUGUAACUCCUGCCUAGCAGACGGAGCUGCUGUCGCGGAGUCAGUCGCGUCUGAUUACUCCUCCACUCCGACCCGAGCUCUUCUGGACCCAUCAGAACACCGACCGGGACCGGCUCGGUCUCACAGCUGGUCUCCGGCUGUCCUCCUCCGGGAUGUUUUAGACAUCUGUCCAGGUGUCCACAGGUGUCCCCAGCAUGGACAGGAUAGGGGUGUCGUUCUUGGACCCUCUGGAGGACUACGAGCUGAUCCACCGGAUUGGGUGCGGUACCUACGGGGAUGUGUUCAAGGCUCGUAACAUCCAGACAUCAGAACUGGCAGCUAUCAAGAUUGUCAAGCUGGACCCUGGUGAUGACAUCACAUCCAUCCAGCAGGAGAUCACUAUGAUGAAGGAGUGCAAACACAAAAACAUUGUGGCGUACUUCGGCAGCUACCACAGGAACACCAAGCUGUGGAUCUGCAUGGAGUUCUGUGGUGGAGGUUCACUGCAGGAUAUGUACCAGGUGACUGGUCCAUUAAAGGAGAAGCAGAUAGCGUUUGUGUGCAGAGAAACCCUCCAGGGGUUGUAUCACCUGCAUGAAAACGGCAAAAUGCACAGAGACAUAAAGGGAGCCAACAUCCUGUUAACGGAGAAAGGAGACGUCAAACUGGCUGACUUUGGAGUGGCAGCAGAGAUCAGCGCCUCCGUUGCUAAGAGGAAAUCUUUUAUUGGAACGCCGUACUGGAUGGCUCCUGAGGUGGCUGCAGUAGAGAAGAAGGGUGGAUACAACCAUUUGUGUGACAUCUGGGCUGUUGGCAUCACUGCCAUUGAGCUGGCAGAGCUUCAGCCACCCAUGUUUGACCUCCACCCGAUGAGAGCCUUGAUGUUGAUGUCCAAGAGCAGCUUCCAGCCACCGAAGCUGAAGGAUAAAUACAUGUGGUCUGCAGCUUUCCACAGCUUUGUGAAGAUGGCUCUGAUCAAAAACCCUAGAAAACGGCCAUCAGCGGAGACGCUGCUGCAGCAUCCGUUUGUGACUCAGCUGCUGACCCGAAACCUGAUCAUCGAGCUGCUGGACACGGCCAACAACCCUGAGCUGCACAACUCUCCCACACACAACAUGGACGACCACGAGCUGGAGGUCGGGGAAGUGGCUCCAGACAAGAUUCAAUCAGCAGGAAAACAUCUGUCUGUCCAGAGGACUCCGUCUGAGGAACAAUUUGACCUGGUGAAGUUUAGGCCUCUGGUGAGAAAAGUCACGGAGCCCUACUCUGACUUGAACUCCUACGACGACGACUGGAGUCUGUCUGAGGACGAGGACAACGCGCCGAGCCUGUUGGAAUGUGUGGAAGAAGCUCUGCAGAUGAGGAGUUUAACCAUCCGCAGGGCGCCACCUGCUGAUGGAGGUAAGAAGAGUGGUUUGAUGAGUCCUACAGCCUCGCUCCCCGCUUUCAGCUCGCUAACGCCCAACUCAGAGGACAGAGACCUGACCCUGAGGCCCAGCUGCACACUUGGCCCAGACAGCGCCGUUCCAGCUGAUUCCGGUUCUACUUCAGUCUUGGCGAGGUGUUCCGCUACCCAGGACAUCAGUCAGCACCACCACGACCCACGCCUGCCCCCGAAGACUGCUGUAGCAGCAGAGAAGAAGGUCCUCGUGGAGAGAAGAGAGACACCUCUUUCACCUGAGUGGAGCACCCUGAGGAAGAAGCCCGAGGACUCGAGAGCUGGUUUUCAUGGACUUCCUCCCACCCCUCAAGUCCAUAUGGGAGCCUGCUUCUCUAAAGUCUUCAACGGCUGUCCUCUUAAGAUCCACUGUGCCGUCACCUGGAUUUUACCCAAAACACGAGAUCAGUAUCUUAUUCUUGGAGCAGAGGAGGGAAUCUACACACUGAACCUCAACGAGCUUCAUGAGGAUACUCUAGAAAAGCUGCUCCCCCAGAGGUGUACCUGGCUGUAUGUCAUGAACAACGUGCUGAUGUCUGUCUCAGGAAAAUCGUCCCAGAUUUGCUCCCACAACCUGACCGCUCUGUUUGAACAGAGAGGACAUCUCCAAAAGAAGCACGGCAGUUUGUCUCUGAGCACCAACCGCUUCACCGACAGGAUCAUCCACAGAAAAUUUGCCAUAUCUGUGAAAAUAUCUGACACUAAAGGCUGCAGGAGGUGCAGUGUAGCUAGAAACCCGUACACCGACAGCACGUUUCUGUGUGGGGCGGUUCCUACAGGCCUGGUUCUGUUGCUGUGGUAUGAACCCCUCCAGAAGUUCAUGUAUCUAAAGCACAUAGCGAUCAAGCUGCCAGACUCUCUGCCAGUCUUUGAGCUGCUGGUUCUGGUAACCGAUGAGUUUCCUCAGUUGUGUGUGGGGGUGAGAGAGUGCCGUGGUGCCAGCACCGCGACCGACCAUCAGCUGAAGUUUGAUAUCAUCGAGCUGAACGGCACACUGGUUUCAGCGCCAGGUGAUGGAGCUCUCAGAGCUGUACAGGUAACUCAGCUGGACCGUGAUACAAUUCUCAUUGCAGCUGAGAAAACCAUUAAGGUCGUGGAUCUGCAGGGAUUUCCAUCCAGAGAGCUGACAGCUGAGAUAACCUUUGACUUCCCCGUUGAAACACUAGUCUGCCUGCAGGACAGCGUGCUGGUGUUCUGGAAGCACGGACUAAAAGGGAGGAGCUUCCAUUCAGACGAGGUGACACAGGAGAUCACAGAUGAGAGUCGAGUGUUCAGAGUCUUGGGGACCAACAGAGACAUCAUCCUUCAGAGUACGCCGACUGACGACCCCUCAGCUCUGAGCAACCUGUACAUCCUGACUGGUCAUGAGAGCAGCUACUGAGGGACUCGUUAAAGGUCACAGUGGAGCCAGUCAGGAGGCUCACAGCCCCGUCCCUCUGUGGAUGGAGUAGACUUCAACUGGCAGCUGAAACGACGCAUUCCUCCAGAACUUGGGCUGUACUUCUGGACUGGUUGGGUGCGUUGUUGAUUUUGCGAGCCUCGGUCACAGCACAGCAGCAUCAAGUGUAAAGCAUGCGGAGACAAGGAUGCAGCAACUCCACACACACACGCGGAUGAGUGGACGGUUCCCAGCUUUGCAUCGGCUACACGUGGACACGAACCUCAGUCGGAAGGGACCGCUGAGCUGAUGAGAACAACAAAUCUUCACAACACCAGAGUGAUGCAGAUCAGAGGCUCGCCACCAUAGCUCCGCCCCAAAUCCAUCUGCUCCUCCUCGCAAAUGCAGCCUGAUAUGACGACACAGACUAGUCGGCUUGGUGUCCACGCGCCACAGACGGAUUUGUUCUGGUGUAACAUCCAUGUGGAUCAGAAACAAACGUGGCGUUUGAGAUGAGCUGGUCCAAAUGACAACUACAGCUCCUAACCCUAACCACAUCAGCAGGUUACUCCUCAUCCUCAAACAUCUCCAAACCUUUUGAAUAACAGAUCUGGGUAUAAAGUGUUUCAUAACAACAGGAAACCCUAAAUAUGAUCUAUUUUUACCACGUCUUAAAAAGCCCUCUUUUCUAAUUGUCAUUCCAUUGGUUUUAAAGGGAUGUUUCAGCCAUUCUUGAGUGUAAAAGUUAUAAAUAAUUUAGGGCUGGGACUUGAUUAAAAAUUUUAAUCUAAUUAAUUACAGGCUUUGUAAUUAAUUAAUCUAAAUUAAUCGCAUUUUAAUCGUUCAGGAAAAUGUGCUCUCAGAGUAAAACUUUUAAUUAAACUUAUGAGACAGAGAAUCAAACAUUAGACAUGGUUAUUACUGUAAACUAAAGCUUUUAAUAAGAAAAUGCAUUUUAAUGAUUCAAAUGUCACUGUGUGAUAUGAAACAAAACCCAAAUCAACAAAAAUUUAUAAUUACAAAUAGAAAACACCUGCAAAGCCUUUAAAUAGUCUCUCUGUCUAGAUGAAUGACUGAAAUAAAUUUGACUUUGCACCAGAUUCUAAUUUUUCCAGUUUCACUUGUUUGUAUAAUUGGGAGUUUUUAUUAGCAUUUCUACUCAUAAUGUAGUAAAAACACAUAAAUAAUAAUCCUUCAAAAUGACAGUAGAACAGGCACAAAUAUGAUCUAGGACUUAAAUGUACUAACUUUUAACACCAGAGCAGGCAUGGCAUAUUCUGAGAAUGAUCAGGAACACUAACUGGUUCCAGUUGGGUGACUGGAGGUUGAUGGGAUGAUAAAAGAUCAUGGCGAGGAAAUAAUGAUGUGACGAACAGGUGAGCGGACCUUCCUUACAUGGGAAGUCCUGAUGUCACGUUAAGAAGGGGAUGCUGCAGACCCGCAGAUUCACGCCUGCAGCAGCGAAUCUGGUGUGAUCUCCAGCCUGAUCACAACUUCCUCGUUCCUCGCUGCCCCUGAUGCACUUAAGCAUCCGCCCCUUAGCUGAUGACACCUCGCUGCUUAAUGAUAGUAAUGCAUGUGAUGUUUAGAGAGACUCGUCUUAGAAACAUACAAUUUCCCGACAGAAUUGUUUAGAAAAUCAUCAGAAAAGUUUCAGAGUGUUUCUGUUUUAACUUAAACUUCUGUUUUCAACUGUAAGACGCGUUGUUUGUGAUUGUUUACAGAGUAGUGAGAACACGGAGCGUUCUCCCAGCGGCAGCCAGGUGCCUCUCGUUUGUCUGACUACUUUCAUAAACUACUGUUAUAUAUAAAUACAGGCCAUUUACCAUUUACUGUUAGGGCACAGAAUUAUUCUGUCUGGUGCUUUCAGCGCUGCACAGAUGUUACGUAAAUGUUAAAAAUAUAGCUUACCGCAACUUUUGUAAAGUUCCCGUUGCCACCGGGCAGCCGCAGCAGAGACGAUCUCUGAAAAAUGUCCGCGACACGGACUCCGUUGUUGUCUGGAAGUUCGUUUUUUUCCAAGUUAAGAAAAGAGGCGAACGUGUUUCCUAAAUCCUGCAUCAGUCCAAGCAAGGCAACUUCUUUCUGUUUUUAUUUCGUUUUAGUAGCCAUUAGCACUGUGCAUUGUUGUGUGCGUCAGUGAUAUUCAGUCUACGAGGAAAUCAUGCAUGACAAAGGUUCCGCCAUGCUUGAAAUGCAAGCUGCGAUUAAAUGCGUUAAUUUUUUACGCCUUAUUUUUUUCUAAUUAAUUAAUCGUAAUUAACGCGUUAAAGUCCCGGCCCUAAAAUAAUUACAAUCUCAACCAUCACGAAUAGCUCCCUGAACAGCCUCUGUUCAGAGAAAUUAUUUGUGCUUCAGGACCGAUAAGCUAACUGCUAGUUUGAGGGCAGACAAUGAGAAAGUGUGUUGUUACUGCCCUAAAAUGAUUUUGGAGAUCCGAUGUUUUAAGAAGUCUGUAUGUAAAUGUCUACAUACACACUUUGGUCUUAGUUGUACUACGACUAGUAGUUAGCAUAUCACUCCUGAAGUACAUGAACUCUAUUUCUCUAAACAGAGGCUCUUCUGUCUGAACAUUUCUGUUAACCUUUAACCUGCUAGCUGAGGCCUGUAGAAUCUGACGUGGUCUUUUCUUUAAGCGUUGACCUCUGACUUCUGAGUGAACCUGCUGAGCUGUCCGAAAUGUAUUUUGUUUGUAUUUCUUUAUUUCUGUAGAAUAAUGGACUCUACAUAGUCUGUAAAUGACCUUUGACCCUGCCCAGAUUGUCUGUAACUGGUGGUUUUCAGAGGCCACUGCUGAGGUCUUGCCUUGUGUUAAAAGGUGCUCUGUGUAAGAGUGACAUUGUGUGGUCAGAUGGGGAACUGCAGUCUGCUUUCUUUCUCACCACCGUUGGGCGAGUUUCAACUACAGGAUAAAGGCUGGAGCCCUCUGCACAUCAUCCGCUCACAGAUGGGCGCUGCACAACCGAUGGACACUGAGAAGGAAACUACUGGAAGGCUGGAGGUCUCAGGUGAGCCAAGGUUUAUUAGGUGUGAGGAAAACAAAGGAAAACUAAAGUUUUGAUACUGGAUGUGUCCUCGUUGGAGUUUCUUAAGAAGACUGAAAGAAAACCGUCUCAGCCCUUCCUUCCAAGACGAUUGAGACAUUAAACUGUUUUGUGAUCAUUUCAUAGUAAAAAUCUAACAUAUUGUUCAUCUAACACACACCUGUAUGCUCCAGACUGUAUAAUAAAAAGUAGCUGGUGUGAAAACACACCUGGUAGGCAGCGCCCGGCUUACCGUCUGAAUUAUAAUUAAGGGGUGAACUAAAACGUACAGUUUCAUGUGUGGGGACGGAUGGCAUGUUGCGUCAUCAUGCACAAACUUACAAGUGGAAAAGGGAACAUUUGCUUUUCUCAGAGGAAAUUUUUGAUCCCACUACAUUCUAGUUGUCCGUGUGAUAUUUAUGAUAUUUAUGGGAGGGAUCCUCUUAACACUUAGCUCUCCCUGGGAGACACGGAGGCAUUUGUUUUCAGGACAUUUGUGUUUUGGUGUGUUUUGUGUGAAUAACUAUAUAAAAUUCUAUUGUAAGUUGGACCGUUUUGUAAAAUAAAGAUGUAAUUAAAAGUGA